AGUUUCCUCAGGAGGAGCCCAGCCUUGGCGUCGAAAAAAGAGGAGGCUGGCUAGCUAGCUGGCGUGGCGGGGAAGAAAGCGAGCGUGGGAAUGGGAGCGGCGGACAUUUCCCCUGCUCGCCCGCCUCGUCUGGCGUUGUUGGGGAGCUGAGGUGCGAGGCGGGAGCAAGAGGGAGGGAGCGCGCGGGAACCCCUCCCCCUCCCGCGCUGUAGGGGGGAUGGCGCGGCGGCGCGAGCAGCUCCACAGCCUCCGGGUGCCGGCAGAGAAGCAAUAGCCGGGGAGGGGGAGAGGAGAGCUGGCGGAAGAGCCAGGGAAGCAGCAGCGGCGGCGGCAGCAGCAGCAGCAGUCCUCUUCCCCUGGCUGCUCCAGGCAACGGCGCGGCAAGAGCCUCUCCCCGUCUGCUGGCGCUUGGCUAGAAAGAGCCGCCCGCUCCUCCGCUCCUGGCCGUUCUCGGGCUGCGCGUGGCGCCCCGCAGGAGGGAGGGGCGGGCUGCGCUGGGCCACGGCGUGCCCGGCACGCGCAAAAGGAGCCGCUCUGCCGCCAGUGCCGCCUGGAUGUCAGAGGCUCCUCGCCAGCCGGCGGCCAAAGGCGCUCCGCAGCAGCAGCAGCUGGAGAGAAGAGGAGGAGAAGGCGGCAGCGAGAGAGGAGACGACCCCGCGCACGGAGCCGGGACGCCGCAGCCGGCUCGCCCCGGCCAUGGCCUCCAACUUUAACGACAUAGUCAAGCAAGGCUAUGUGAAAAUCCGCAGCAGGAAGCUCGGGAUUUUCAGAAGGUGUUGGUUGGUUUUCAAGAAAGCCUCAAGUAAAGGACCCAGAAGGCUAGAAAAAUUUCCAGAUGAAAAGGCAGCAUAUUUCAGAAAUUUUCACAAGGUAACUGAGCUGCACAACAUCAAAAACAUAACCAGACUGCCUCGAGAGACAAAGAAGCAUGCAGUGGCAAUUAUCUUUCAUGAUGAGACAUCAAAGACAUUUGCCUGUGAGUCAGAGCUUGAGGCAGAAGAAUGGUGCAAACAUCUUUGUAUAGAAUGUCUAGGAACCAGGCUUAAUGAUAUAAGCCUUGGUGAACCUGAUCUACUUGCUGCUGGAGUACAGAGAGAACAAAAUGAGCGCUUCAAUGUUUACCUAAUGCCUACACCAAAUUUAGAUAUCUACGGAGAAUGUACAAUGCAGAUUACACAUGAAAACAUCUAUCUCUGGGAUAUACACAAUGCCAAGGUGAAGCUGGUGAUGUGGCCUCUCAGUUCUCUGAGAAGAUAUGGGCGGGACUCAACAUGGUUCACUUUUGAAUCUGGAAGGAUGUGCGACACAGGAGAAGGGCUGUUCACCUUUCAAACAAGGGAAGGCGAGAUGAUCUAUCAGAAAGUCCAUUCUGCAACGCUGGCAAUAGCUGAACAACAUGAAAGAUUGAUGAUGGAGAUGGAACAAAAAGCACGGCUCCAGACCAGUUUGACUGAACCUAUGACAUUACCCAAGUCAAUCUCGCUUCCUCGUAGUGCAUACUGGCAUCACAUCACUAGGCAGAGCAGCGUGGGAGAAAUCUACAGUUUACAAGGUCACAGCCUCAGCUCAACAAAAGUGACUCGUGCACAGACAUUUCCCAGCUACACCUCAGAGCAGGAUGAGGAGCACGGGCCACGCAUGUCACUGUCUAGCAGCUAUGGAUUCAGCUACAGCUCAGGCCUCAUCCAAUGACACACACCCUGUGUCUAACCAGAGAGACAGUCUAGUGUGAAACCUGCCUGUAGGCCCUGGAAGCCACUUGCCGUUUCCUCAGUGUCCACAGAAGACAAGCCGUAGUGAAAACUGAGGACACAUGUCUCCAGGCUGCAACAGUGAAGGUGAAAUCUUGGAUCACUGCUUCCCUGAGGCAGAGUCUAAGUGUUUUAUUUAUUUAACUUUUGUAUUUGGUUUUGUCCAUAUGUUUUGUUUUUUAAAAAAGAAAAAUGUGAAGAAGAAGAAAGAAGAAUUUCCUUUGCAGUACUGAUGGUGUGCAGCUGAAGUUUCUGCACAACCACAGAUGCUGCCUGUUUGGGGGAGCGGGGAGCAAAACAUUACGUCUUCAAUGUAAGGCUCUUGCCGAUCAAUUAAGUUGUCAAGCUUGCUCAUCCAUGACAGUAGCCACCUUUAUAUCCUAGGCAUCAGUCUACCAACUGAGUCAUUCUUGCAGAAAUGGUACCAGGGAAACAAAAUUUGAAAUAUACUUCAGAAGGAAGUAUGCAGUCCUAUUACCAAUUAUGCAGUUUAUUCCCAUUGACUUCAAUGGGAUUUAGGACAGUAGCCCAAAGUGGAAUUUCUGAGGAGGCACCAGUGACUCUUAAUUAGGUUCUCAUCACUACAGUUAAUACACAAGAUAGAUAUAGAGAUAGAUACUGUCAAUGGGAUGGCAUGGCGGUGCUUAGUAGCCUUUCAGAAAAUAGAUUGUGUUGUGUGUUAAGAGGUCAUAUGCCUAGAAUAUUUCCCACACUGAAUUUUUAUGCCCAGAUUCUGCUGUUGUGUACUCUGAACCUAAUAAUCCAAAACUUCCCAUUGGGGAGAUAUCAAGGGAAGACUGUCACAAAGCAUUGUCAAAGUCUUCCCAUUGUAGAUAAUAUUUAAAUAGUGAAGUCUGAAUUUAUAGUCAGUAUACUUUUAAUUCUGUAUACUGUGCAGGUGAGAAAAUUGAUAUUACAUUGCUAGGCAGCAGCCCAAUUUCCAUAUAGUUUUAUAGGGCAAGAUGCUUGGGGUGGAAGAAAUAACUACAAUUUCAAGUUCUGUUCUUAUUAUUCAAGUCUUCAUGGUUAAUAGGGAUUUGUUCUCUUUGUCAACAUUAAUUUUGUUCUAGAUUCCUUGUCUGGUGUCUAACUCUAUACAACCAUAGGCUAGUCAUGAUUAAAUUUCACAGCCAUUGUCUCAUUGCAACGUUGAUUUUUUACAGUCUCCUACAGUGGACAGCCACAUGAAAAUGAACUGAACUGUGUGUUUUUUAGUCUUCCUGAAAUCACAACAGCUCACUGUGCCCAAAACUGAAAUCACAACAGCUCACUGUGCCCAAAACUUUCAGUCUUUUUCUAAAGAUCAAAAAAUAAAUGGCAGCACCUAUGAGUAGAAUAAAUGUGAGACAACAGGAUUUCAACGAUCACUAGGAAACUGUACGUUCUGAAGUAAUGCUAAUGCCUAUCGCAUUCCAGGACAACGCAAUUUAUUCAGCUAGGUCUUCAAAUAACAGAGAUCUACUGUAACUUAAGAAAUUAAAUAAUUGAUUGACUGCUGGCCACUACUGGUGCCAUUCUUAUACCUCUGUCAUAGUAUCAUUUUCUAAAAAUAAAAUGCUGCUUUUGGCCUAGCAUUCCCCCACCUCCUCCCAAAAUUAUGCAGUUAUGACUGUGAGUAAGACGAUAAAAAGAGCAACAUCUUCACAAGGCAGCAUGUAAAGUUAAAAACAUCAAGCAAAGUUCAAAAAUUAAAAUGCAUUGUUAAAAUAUAUAACCAAAUAUGAAAGGAAGUGGCAUAAAAUAACUCAGUCUGGGGAAAUGAAAAAAUACCUUCACCAAAAUGGCAUCUGCGCAGGCGUCAGGCAAACAUCUUUGGAAGAAGCAUUCCAAAUGAAGGGUGCCAGCACUGAGGAAGCCCACCCUCCCAUCAGAUAGCAAGAGAACCCUGGGAUUUCUCUGCCACAUACCUUAAUAUUCAGGCUUGCCCUACCAUUAGGCAGAGUAAGGUGAAUGCCUCAGGUGACAGAUGUAACGAGAUCAGGAGCAAUAGCCUACCUGGUAGUUCCUUCUGAGCUCCCUGGACAGUCCCCUCUGUUGUAGGACAUGGCUGUAUAUAUCAUAUGGCAUGUCCUGGGGGCCCUAAACUAGCCUGCUGCAGGUAUGAUGGAAGAUGCUGCCCUAUUGCCAGUGUUGAAGUGAAAUUCAACUCCCAGUCCGGCUGGCUUUUUAACAUGGGAUAGGGAGGAGGUGCCCUAUUCUCCUUCACCACAAGCAGCCAAAUUUCUUGGGCUGUGCCUGCUGGGUGGGUAUGCAUGAAGGCAAGCUGUCCUUCAUAUCCCCUGGCCCUGAACUAUGAAAAGCUCUAAUGGCCAAAACCAGCAGUUCAAACUGAGCCCGAUGUACGUGGAUUGACUUGUCUACCAAAUGUUCUUUAGACAUAGGAGGGUCAUGAAGCAAGAUAUCAGUGGCUGACCUCUCUAAGGGCAAUCAGAAGCAUUCUAGAAAUAACAGACCUUUCAAUAACCCAGACGCAAACAUUUUAGGCUUUAAAUGUAGUAAGCCAUUAAGAAACAAGCUAGUUUAGUCUGAACAAAAAUGGAGGCACAUGCUCCAAAUAACUUGACCAGAGUUGCAGUUUCUGAACUGCACCAUGAGCCUUCAGGCUGGGAGGGGUUCUGCUGCUUCAGCCCUUCCAAUAAUUCAGUUCCAUGUGAAUUUCCAAUGCAAGGUACUGCAAAAAAAAAAAAAAAGUCUUCAACCUGCAUCAUUGGGAAAAUGGACAACUGAAUGCCCUUAUAACUAAAGUGUAAUUUCACAAAAGUCUCAGCUGUGAAACUGUGUCAACAGCUUUGGAUCACACUUUGAAAACUGUAAGUUAAAGACAGGAUCUCUGAGCACAUAUGAAGUAUGUGCCCCCUCUAUUUCAAAUUAGGAUUCAGGAUUUAAUAAUUAGAGAAUACUACUGUCAAGGAGGCCUGAACUACCCAUAAUGACUCACGAGUUCGUCUUCUAGAAGGGCACCAGAUAGGUGUUCCUCCCUCAUUUAAGAGUUCUUUUUUUUAAAAGUCCACAACAAACAAAAUGAGACAUGUUAGAAAUCAAUAAAGGGACAGACACAGUGAAAGGCAUAAGCGUAAAUGCACAAAAGGUCCCCCCCCCCGUCAUGUGCUUCAGUCUUCAUAAAGCUCAUUGUAAUGAAUGUGUAGAAAACAAUUCUCAUAACACUUGAAAUUUUAGGGAAGAAAAUUCACUGUGAGCAGACUGGGUAUUUUGUUCCGUUGUAGAACUGACAGCCUUGUUUAGCAGCAGAGUUUCCUGCCUUUCGUUGUUUUAUGAGGCCAGCACUGGAUGUGUUAAAAGAGUCAGAAUCUUCUCCCUCUCCCCACUACCUCUGUAAGAUCAAGUUUUAUCUAUUGCAAUUUGAAGACAGAAAGAAAAGAUUUCUUUAAAAUGGUGUGAAAGAAAUGUCUGCUUUGAUUAAACAUUUAUUGAUACAUUAGGGUGGGAGAUAUUACUUCCCCCAAGCCAUUCCUGCAGUCGUAAUAGAUUGCAGACUUUUACACCUCAGUGAACAGCUGCUGAAUGAAACCAGUGUGUGAUCUGAUGGAAUUAAUCACGCCCCCUGUCUCUGUCACUUACUCUUCUUUUAUCUCACUCACCGUGUUUCUACUGCCCAGAGAGACCAGCUUUCUCUGUGGAGAAGUGUUGAGCUACCUAACACCACAAUGCAGAAUUUCUGUUUCUGGCUGUUGCCCCCUGUCUUCUUUUGAAGCCGUGGUUAUUGACAUUUGUCAUUUUUAAAAUAAGGAGUUGUAGGUAGCAUGUGAGAAAUCCUUCCCUGGUCAAAAAUAUUUUGUAUACAAGAACCAGUCCUGUAUAGGCCUUGCAUAAUAUUAGUGAUACAAAGCUAGAUUUCACUAAUGCAGCUGAAAAACUUCCCAUAUUUUCUCCAAGUCAGUUAUUAUACAACACUGAUGCAUGUUGUACAUCCAUUUGGCUUGGACUGUGUUCUUAUUACAAUUUAAGUAGAUUAGCAUUCUUUGAUAUUUUUUUUUUCAUGGAAACCACAUCUUUCUCCCUCCCUGCCCCACAGUUUUAUUAUAUGUUCUGCUAAUAGGAAUGCCCACAUGCAUCAUGCUCCAACGCAGAGCUUUUCUUUUCUGGGGGUACUCAUGGGUACGCAGUACCAGUAUCUCCUUUUCUAAAAGAAAAGCACUGGUUAAAAAUGUGGCACUUGCUGUAAAUGCUCCAAUUUAUCAUUGUUUCUACUGUUCUCAACCAAUAAGGAUCGGUUGAAAGAGAACAACUAUCCAUGAUAGUUAUCCAUGAUAUGUAUUUACCAAUGUACAUCUUACUCACAAAAGCGAACAACCAUUGCUAUUCAUGAUUGGUCAGAAGUGAAUAACAUUAAAUUCCAUGGGCUUUACCUGCAUACACCAUUCCAUAUAUGUACAUUUUCUUAAGUCUGUGUAAUUUAAGCCUGCUUCAGUCUACCCACUUCUCACACUUUUAAUAAUUGUAAAAGGAGCUCCCGUUCAAGAACAGUCAACUUCACCUAUAGUUCAAGAAGAAAGGAACAAAGCAACCAACCAAGUAGGAGCAGAAAAAUUCAGAUGCCAAUAAAGUAAAGCUGUGUUUAUGUUGAUAUAUGAACAUAUAAAAUGGCCCUUGGAGAAAUAACUUUUUCUUAUUCAUAUCCUGUAAAAAUGGCAUUUCACAAAGACAACUGUGCACCAAUCCUAUUGGCUACUGAAACCCUUUUGGUUUUCUUAUGUGAGUUGCACCUUAAAGAACGUAAGGUUCUUUUGAAACCUGUCCUUUAAAAUGAAUUUCUGUACUGAAAACAAAAAGUGUGCACCAAGAUAUAAGUAUGGCAGAUGAGUAAAAUAUACAACAGCAUGUACCAGAAGUAUCGUUAGCAUAAAUUUUGAAGUUUUAAUGUGGUACAUUUAAUGCACAGCCUUGCAUGUCUAAUGCAGCCCUGAAAUUAGCCAUUUGUCCAAGACUAGAAAUUACUCUUCCAGGUCAAGUAGGUUGCCAAGCCAAGUUCCCAAGCAGAAAGAGACAGACAUGCUUGAAUGGUCACACUACUAUAAUUUUUGCAGCUAGAAUACUAUUCUACAUAUGAAACAUUUCCAAAAGAUUUGAGUGACCACAGUUAUGGUCAGUAAGUUAUACAUUGCUGGGGUCAUCCAUUGAACUUGACUUUCUCUUGAUUUCAACCAAGACCAAUAAAAAACUUACCAAUAGCAGAGUUACAAACAAAAAGCUGAGAGUAAUCACAGUAAUCACGCAAUUGUUCAUUAUGGAUGUCCUAAAUUUUCAUUGCAUUGAUAUGAGAUAUAUUUGGGAUAAAUCUCACAUCUAUUAACAAUCACAAGUACAAAGCUGGGAACAGUAGUUUUUCUCAUUUAUCUAGUCCAGAUAAAAUGUGUGUUUGUGCUAUGGGCAGCUGGUAGGGGUGACAUAAAAGCUGUUCUUACCUCUUUACCCUGCCUGAUCUUUGCUGUUUCUUCACUGUGCCAAAUAGUGGAAAGUCUUCAGCAAAGCCUACCUGCUUUUCACCUCAUUCUUCUAAAGAAUUGCAAGAUCCAUGUGGUCGCCUCCUUAAUUCCUACUCUCCACUUUCCCCUUGUAUGUUUGCUUUUGAAUCAGUUUCACUGCCUUGGUGAAGCUGGAACAGUUCCCCCUCUUCUUCUAUUUAAAGAGAAUCUCACUCUGCAGACAAAGUUCUCUAAGAACAUCAUGUGUAAACAAUUUGAAAACAUGGUGAUACAUUUUUCUAUGAGAUGCUGUUGAUAUCCCCAGUUGUGUGGUGGACAAAACGUAAUUUAAAUGUGUACAGGGCAGCCAUGGUUUUUAAUGGUUUAAAAACAGCCUUCAGCUACUGUUCACUGACGCUCUCUUUUGACUGAAUGGUACAUUUACUGUUGUUUCCUGUUCUAUUUAAUGGAAAGAAUUAAAUACACUGCUCUGUGUGAUGUGAUGAUCCAGUUUUCCCUGUGAACCAAAGCAUCUAUGAAAUUUGAAUUAAACCAGAUUAAACAAA